AUGGCUAGCAAACGAUGCGGAAGCAUUCCGCUCCACGAGAGCUUCAAUGAUCCGAAGUCCGAAAUCCGGCUGCUCGAAAUCGACGAUGAACACACUGGGGACAUCCGCUGGCGCAUGUCAAUCAUUUCCCUUAAGGAUAAGCCACAAUUCACAGCUCUCUCUUAUGUCUGGGGUGACCCGACCAUAACAAACCAACUCGUGAUUUGUUGGCUCGGUCCAUCCGAUCCCAAGACGCAUCUUGCUUUUGAUACAAUCCAUGUGCUUCACACCGAAUGGAUACACCUUUGUCUUGAGGAACUCAUCGCUUUCGAGUGGAUACGUGGGCACCCCUCGUUACACGAAACACUUACCGAUGACUCUUCCGUGAAUCAACAUUGGGAUGCCGUGCAAACUUUCGCCAGGCUAAAGUACUGGAGACGCACCUGGAUCCUCCAGGAAGUUAUCCUCGGCAAGAAAGCUAUCAUAGCUGCUGAGGUGGGAAGAUCCGGGAUUGACUGGCCAACUUUCAUCUGCCCAAGCGUCUGGAAAACUAUUAAGAAUAUCCGCGUAGAUUGGGCCGCCAUCUUAUUCUUCUUCUAUACUGGCGCAAGUUGGGCUAACCGCAGAGAACAAGCUUUGAUCAAGACUGAUUGGCAACUUGCAGCCGUAGCCGGGCGCAUGCUGCAAGCUACAAACCCGAAGGACCAUUAUAUCGCGAUUAUGUUAUCGCUUGGCUCCAAGAUUGGAACUUGGGUUCUUACAAGAAUGUGGAAGAGCAUUAUUUUCUGCUAUAUUCGGGCUUACCUAGGCCGCGCGGACUUGAAGCUACCUUCGUGGGUACCGAAUUUUCCGGCGCUAUCCGCCCAUCGACAGGAAGUCUACGAGGAGCAUCGCCAAUUCGGCGAAUUAAUCGCUGAUGGCCAAGCAGACCAUUCUGUGUUUGAACUGGGUAUAGAGGGCUCGACAAUUGUCGACAUGUCCCUAUUCGUGAACGGUUUGGACCUAGGGCCCAUCGCUAGUGCCGAAGAAUACGGCGAUGAUAUGAGUCGGGUGUCUGAUCCUACAGGAAAGUAUAUACAACAAUUCGUUUCAGAGGUACCUACCUAUGUCGACGGAUCGCCCUCGCUCGAAGCAGUUUUCCGGCUCUUCUGCCGGAAGUCUUACGGAAUGGGCCAGCCCAUCGACGCGGAUGGAGUUAUUAAGGCCCUAGGUUUCCUGGAGACUUUACUACAAAUUGACCCUGACGGAUCACCAUUGAGCGGCAGUGAGCGCAGGGAACAGCUAGAAAGCUUCGGGCUGGAAGCAUGUGACGCAGACGCAUUCGCAUCUUCUUUCGUAGCUACAUUUGCAGCGGAAGGUAAUCCCGCUCACCAAUCCGAGGCGCAUGACAUUCUUGGUCGAUGGUAUAACUCCCCUAGCGGCCUUAGUAGUGCCAAAAUGGAGCUAGACGAUGAUUACUUGGCAGUGAUUGUUGACAUCUGCUUGGACUAUCUCCAGCAAGCGAACCGUGGGGCCCGCCAAAUGCUCUUCCGAAUAGGGCCAUACAUCGGUGUUUCCCAACGCGGGAUCCAGGUUGGGGACCGAGUGUGCAUCUUAAAAGGGAGCAACACGUUGUCGGUGCUGAGGGGGGUACAGGACGUUGAGAGUCAGUACUACCACAUAGCCCCUUGUUUUGUCAUAAGGCUUAUGAAUGGCGAGGCGAAGAGUUUGCUGGAGGGUGGAUUGACCAAGAUGCACAGAUUCGAGAUUCUAUAA